AUGGCGUUAUCAGUUUCAAACCUCGCCUCUUCUCUCUCCUCGCUCUCAUUCUCCUCCCAAGUUUCUCAGGGACAAAACAUCGUUUCCUUCACCCGCGUUAACUCAGUGUUCCCAUUCCCGGCGAAAUCCGCUCGUCGCCGCGCUUCUCUAUCCAUCACCGCCACGGUGGCUGCUCCCUCGGAGGCGGCGGAAGAGGUGGAGGAUACGAUGGAGCUUAAGAAGUACGUGAAAUCGAGGCUCCCCGGAGGUUUCGCAGCUCAGAAAAUCAUCGGCACUGGACGCCGUAAAUGCGCCAUCGCUCGUGUCGUCCUCCAGGAAGGCACCGGGAAAGUCAUCAUCAACUAUCGCGACGCCAAGGAGUAUCUUCAGGGGAAUCCACUAUGGCUUCAGUACGUGAAGGUGCCGUUGGUGACAUUGGGUUACGAGAACAGCUACGAUGUGUUCGUGAAAGCACACGGAGGAGGUCUCUCUGGUCAAGCACAAGCGAUUACGCUUGGUGUUGCUCGUGCGCUGUUGAAGGUGAGUGCAGACCAUAGAUCGCCGUUGAAGAAGGAAGGUCUGUUGACUAGAGACGCGAGAGUCGUUGAGAGGAAGAAGGUCGGGCUCAAGAAGGCUCGCAAAGCUCCACAAUUCUCCAAGCGUUGA